AUGUUUAAGAACGAAUAUCAGGGUGGAGCUGCUGUAGAGAUCUUCAGUGCACAAGGGAAAGAUCCUGUUGCAAAAUGGAAACUUUGUGGAGGAAAAUCAGCUAUAAAUAAAGAGUUUGACAAAGAGGUCAAGAGCUUUGUGUACAGUCUGGAGGGGAGCAGCCAAGCUAUUAAAAUGCAGAUGCCAAAGGAUGGAAAAAUGGCUCUUGGACUGGUACAGAGAUUCUUGGUCCUCCAGGUGAAUGUUUCCCAAUGUAAAGACUUCUCUACAGAGCUUGUGAUAACUGAUUUAGGUCAUCUGAAAAGGAGGCUGUACCUAUCCACGGUUCAUAAGGAGUUCUCUGCUACACCCUUGCAUGCAAGGAUACCUUUAGGUCUGAAACGCAACGUUUGGUGCAACAUGUGCAUCGACCUUGUGUCAUUCACCAGUGAGCUGUUUAAAGGUGCAGGGUUCUUAUCCCUGGAUGGAAUCACUGUCUCUGCCAGCUGUAAGUUACGGAGAAUCUUCACCAUGAAGACUGAGCCUGCAGGGGCUUCUGAUGGAGGUAAGACAUUCAGUCAGUCAGUCACCAGUGUUGCUCGAGGCCCCAAGAUCCAGCCGGACGCCUCCCACAUCGCAUUUGGGUCGAGGGUUUUAGGACCCCCUCCACUGACCGGAAGGAAGAACAGUGGACUCUCAGAGGGACAGGGACAGGACGGGAGGACACAGGACGGGAGGACACACCGAAGCAUGAAUAUGGGGUCUGUCUCUGGUGCAAAAACAAAUAGAACAGCUGCUUCAGAGAGACAUCAGGAUCAUGGAGACUGGAGCGAGAAACAACCUGGUCCCAGUAGCCAGAAGAAUGACUCUGUUUAUGAGCUGGCAGGGAAGCCAGGGAGCCUGCAGCCGCGACCACCUAAAGACAGAGCGUCAUCAGACAAGGCGGGGUCCAGGAAGCUACGGGUCCACAGUGCAGGGAAGGAGAAACUGGCGCCUGGCUCAGACAAGUUGUUGUCUCCCAGACCUGUUGACGAGGACAGAGCCUGUUUGGAGCCCUCCAAAUCUUCUCCAGAGCUUCUGUCUGGCCAGUCGACCCCUGUCCCUGACCUCCCCCCAUCACCAUUACCCCUGCAGGACUCGGACAGUGAUGACAGUGAAGGGGAGAGUGAUGUGGAUGAAGUCUCUGAGCCUCAGUUCUCAGUGGAAGACGUGUUCACCUUCUCUUCUCGGCCCCACUCAGCCAAGCGAGGCCAGGGACAAGGACAUGGAGACCAGGGACAGGGCCAGGGACAUGGAGAGACCUGCUGGACUGAGGAGGCAGCUCAGGCCGCUGACACCUACGGCCAGCAGGACACGGGAGGGCACAGGGGGGCCAGGCCAGACGACGACUUCCUAGCCAGCGAGAGUGAGGAGGAAGAGACCUCCUCUAGGUUCCUCUAUCAGAGGUCCAGUGUCCCCCCCAGCCCUGGUACUCCUGGUGUUCCCCCCAGCUCCACCCCUGGUAUCCCCGGAUCAUCAGGCCUAGAUGAGGACACUCCGCCCAGAGCACGGCCUGGGUCCAGUGGGUUCAGUGGGUCCAGUGGUGCGGACCGAACAUUUACCAUAGAGCGAACCCUAACCCACACAGACCCUGCAGGGUGUAAAACCAGGCUGGCUCCCCACACUGACUCCCAAGCAUACAGGAGAACAUUAGAGGUGCCUGGGGUGGUCCCAACCCGCUGCCGGUCACCCUGUCAGAGUACCAGGCAGGGGCAGAGACACAGCAGUCUGGGCCAGUCUGGACCUGGGGGAAGAGGAGGGGGAGCGAGCCAGACUCCGGACAGGAGCAGCAGCAGGACAUCACUGAGCAGGAGAUCUCUGCGAGAGAUCAUCCCCCGAGGAGACGCCACAUUAGACAAGGUGGGAGAGGGGAGAGCGGAGAGAAGGCAUGAGCCUGUUGGGUCCAGUAGCUGUGAUUUGCGUCUGUUGGACAGCCUGCGUAUGCAGGAGGAGGAGGAGGAGCUAAAUAUGCUGGCCAGUCUACGGCGGGAGCAGGAGGAAGAAGAGGAGGGGGGAGGAGCAACAGGUCUCAGUGCCUCUCAGAUCCACCAAUGUAACGUCAGCAUCAGCACCAGCAGUGAUGAGACAUCCACCUGGACACACAUACCUAUGCCGGCCAAACAGGGCCAUCACUACCAGAAGGAAAUGAACCCACUCUUACACUCCAAUCCAAGGGAAUGGAUGGAUGUCCUCAGCCCUCCCAUUAUUCCUCCUAGCCAGAAGAAAGGGAAGGGGUCAGAGGGCACAGGGGACCAUCGGAGGGGACCCCCGACCAGAAGGGCUGAUGGAUCAGUGAAUGGAGGAAAUGAAGACGAGGAGGAGUACCUGAAUCUGCUCUAUGAUCCCUCUCUUAACUGCUACUUUGAUCCCCAGUCUGGGAAAUACUAUGAGCUGGUCUAA